AUGUUCUCAGUGCUGCAAAUGCAAUCAAGGACAAAGGCACUCUUCACGUCCUACUGCAAGGACUGGAUCCUCGUCGUCGUCGUCCUCGUCGCAUUCUCCAUCGUCGACCAGCUCGAGCCCUUCCAUCGCCAGUUCUCUGUCCGCGACGUCACCAUCCAGCAUCCCUUUGCUAAACAGGAGACCGUUCCCGUCUGGUUGUUGCUGACCUUGUCGUUCUUGCUCCCUAUGGCGACAAUGGGGGCAAUUGCAGUGUUCCAGCGACGGUCCUACACUGACCUGCACAACGCCCUUUUGGGCCUCUUCCUCGCCCAAUCCUUGGUCCUCAUCGUCACUGACAGUAUCAAGAUCGCAGUGGGACGGCCAAGACCAGACUUUCUUGAUCGUUGCCUCUCCCUCUACGACAAUGCCAAUGCUGGCAUCCCUCUGGACCAGCUCAACAACCCCGUCAACCUCCUCUCCAACUCUACCAUCUGCACCCGCACCGAUUUGCUCAGGGAUGGAUUCAAGUCAUUCCCCUCGGGUCACUCUUCCUUCUCCUUCGGUGGACUCGGUUUCUUGUCGAUGUACCUUGCCGGAAAGCUGCAUCUCUUUGACGAGCGCGGACAUAUCUACAAGUCUCUGGUGGUCCUGGCGCCCAUGAUCCUGGCAGCGUUGAUUGCGACAUCGAGAGUGGCGGAUUACAGACACCAUUGGCAAGAUGUCACAGUGGGAUCAUUCAUUGGAUUCUUCUUUGCCGUCUUUGCGUACAGACAGUACUACCCCAGCCUGGCAUCCAACAAGUCUGACCGACCCUUCUCGCCACGCAUCAGGGAGGACUUCUUGCCCGGUGGCUCCUUCCUCGGUAUCGGCUCCGGCAGCAAUGACAACAAUGGACAGAGAUACAGGGACGAUGCAGGAGAUGACGAUGAUACCCGUGUGGCGUUGGAUGGUCCUAGCCAUCAUAGUGCGGAAAAUGAGUCCGGAAUUGGAUUUGGACAGUUCUUUAGACGCGACCGGACGGAUGAGUCUCUGACUGGCAAUGGCCAUGGUGGUCCCAACAAGAACGUCGUUGGCACCGAGUCACGUCUCCUCCCUGUCUAA